AUGGCACCCCGUCAGGCCGGCUACCUCCGGGUUCCCGGCGAGGAGGAGUCCCCGUACGGAGGACAGCAACUGCCCCGCCGAAGCCGCUCCGGGUCCUCGGGGCGGAGGGAGAAGCGCCUGCCCAGCGAGAAGCCGCUGCCUGCGCUGCCGCCGGGUACGCCGGCCGACGCCACGUUCCCCAUCAGCCUCGACGAUGACGAUGACCACAACGUCUCGCCGAGUGAGCGGAGCUACCGCCGUGCAACGGUCGCCAUUGGCCUAGCCAUCCUCGUUACCAUUCUCGGUUUUCUGAUUGCGUUCGCGGUGCUGGGGUUCGGGCUGGGCGUGGACGGUAUGAGGCACGGGCCGGAUGGGAUGGCCAAGAACUUUGGGGGCGAUGAUUGUCCGUGUCGGCAAGACCCCGAUGUGCCGCAGUAUUUCAGGACGAGCCCGGAGCUGUGGGCCGGGCCGACGGCGACGGGAGCGGCCGCCUUUAUGGCGCAGACGAGGGUUCUUCCCACGGGCAGCUUUGUCCCCAACGCGCCUCUGCAGACGGAUGUGCCGAUUGAGGGAAUGAAGGGAGGGAAUGAGAGCAUCUUCAACAUGAUGGGAUAUCUCACGCCGUAUCAACCGAGUCCUGGUUUCGGUGUGGAGGAGUAUGCAUUGCCUGAGGGUGCGGACAUUGUCCAGGUCCAGAUGCUCUCUCGCCAUGGGUCCAGAUAUCCCACAAUGGGCUCCAACGUCUUCGACUUUGGACAAAAGGUUGCCAAGGCCAGUGACACGCUCAAGGCGAUGGGCGCGCUGAGCUUCCUGAACAACUGGAGGUAUCAGCUGGGCCAUGAGAUUCUUGUCCCCAAGGGUCGUCAGGAGUUGUUUGACUCUGGCAUCCUGCACUCGUACAUGUACUCUUCGCUGUACAACCCCAACAGCAAGAUCAUUGUGCGGACGACGACGCAAGACAGGAUGCUCAAGUCCGCCGAGUACUGGCUCGCGGGCUUCUUCGGUCUCGAGUGGACCAGGAACGCCACCAUCGAAGUCAUCAUUGAGCAGGACAGGGCCAACAAUUCCCUCGCCGGCUACCUCAACUGCCCCAACGCCCGCAAGCAGAACGGCGGCGACGAGGCGGCCAAGAUUUGGGUCUCGAACUACCUCGCCAACGCCACGGCCCGUCUCAAGGACAUGGUUGAUGGCUUCGACUGGACGAUUGAGGACACCUACGCCGCGCAGACCAUGUGCCCCUAUGAGACGGUCGCCUACGGGUUCAGCCGCUUCUGCGACCUCUUUACGUAUGAGGAAUGGGUUGGCUUUUCGUACUCUGUCGAUCUCGCUUUUGCUGGCAACAAUGCCUUCCAGAACCCCACAGGACGCGCUGUCGGUAUCGGCUGGCAACAAGAGGUCAUUGCCCGCCUCCAGAACCACACCCUAGGCUACUCGGGCUCUCAGAUCAACGUCACGCUCGACAACAACACGGAGACCUUCCCCCUGAACCAGAGCCUCUACUUCGACUUCUCCCACGACACAAACAUCGCCUCCAUCCUGACCGCGUUCGGCUUCAAGCAGUUUGCCCAGCUGCUCCAGCCCACGGAGUACCCCGGCAAGCACAACUUCACCGUCUCGCACAUCACGCCUUUUGGCGCGCGCCUCGACAUCGAGAUUAUCAAGACGCCGAAGCCGUUCAAGGCCGACCGUUCCGGGUACGAGGAGUCCGGCGGCGAGACGAAGUACAUCCACUUCGUGCUCAACCAGAGGACGCUCCCGCUGGGAUGGAGUUUCCCCGAGUGCGACGUGGAGCGGAAGGACGGCUGGUGCGAUCUGGACACGUUCUUGGAGGUGCAGGAGGAGAUGCCCAAGCUUGCGGACUACGAGCGGGCUUGUCACGGGGACAUUGAGACUGUGCCUUACGGCGUUGUGUACGAUGGCCGACCCAUGUAA